GCAGUGUAGCGCAUUGGGAAAGUGCACGACACAGUAGGUAGGGAUAGAGGGGGAGAGACGCAGGCUGUCAGCUAGCUCGCUAGCAAACCUCUCCUUCACUCGAAUACAUAUCUGCUGCUGCUUGUGACUGCUAUAACAUCGGCAGCAAAACCCAAGAACACCUCUAUAGAAGUCAGAUCACAUACACAGAGUGGAAGACAACGUUCCGAAAUAGUGACACGACCCCGACCCGAGAUAAGACGGAGACAUGGCUACGACAACCUGUACGCGAUUUACGGACGAGUAUCAGCUAUACGAGGAGCUUGGAAAGGGAGCAUUUUCAGUGGUGCGCAGAUGUGUCAAACUGUGCACAGGCCAGGAGUAUGCCGCAAAAAUAAUCAACACCAAAAAGCUCUCUGCAAGAGAUCAUCAGAAGCUGGAACGUGAAGCUCGUAUCUGUCGCCUCCUCAAGCACCCUAAUAUUGUUCGCCUCCAUGACAGUAUAUCAGAAGAAGGCUUCCACUACCUCCUCUUUGACUUGGUGACUGGGGGAGAGCUAUUUGAAGACAUUGUAGCCAGAGAGUAUUACAGUGAGGCCGAUGCCAGUCACUGUAUCCAUCAGAUUCUAGACAGUGUCAAUCACAUUCACCAACAUGACAUAGUUCACAGGGACCUGAAGCCAGAGAACCUGCUCCUGGCCAGUAAGUGUAAGAAUGCUGCUGUCAAGCUGGCGGAUUUUGGGCUGGCCAUCGAGGUACAGGGGGAUCAGCAAGCCUGGUUUGGGUUUGCAGGGACGCCAGGGUACCUGUCCCCUGAAGUGCUGCGGAAGGAGGCCUACGGCAAGCCUGUGGACAUCUGGGCCUGCGGUGUGAUCCUGUACAUCCUGCUGGUGGGGUACCCGCCCUUCUGGGACGAGGACCAGCACAAACUGUACCAGCAAAUUAAAGCAGGAGCUUAUGAUUUCCCCUCCCCUGAGUGGGACACUGUCACCCCUGAAGCCAAGAACCUCAUCAACCAGAUGCUCACCAUCAACCCAGCCAAGAGAAUCACUGCCCAAGAGGCCCUCAAGCACCCAUGGGUCUGCCAACGCUCUACAGUGGCCUCUAUGAUGCACAGACAGGAGACCGUGGAGUGCCUGAAGAAGUUCAACGCCAGAAGGAAACUGAAGGGGGCCAUUCUCACCACCAUGCUGGUGUCACGGAACUUCUCUGUGGGUCGGCAGACUACGGCUCCGGCUACUGUCACUGCCGCCGCUGCCGCCGCCGCCGCUGCGGCCGGCACGACAGCAGGGCUGGUGGAACAAGCAGCCAAGAGUUUGCUGAACAAGAAGGCCGAUGUCAAGCCGCAGUCAAACAGCACGAAAAACAGCAUAGUCACCAGUCCCAAAGGAAACAUCCCCUCUCCUGCUCUGGAACCUCAGACCACUGUUAUCCAUAACCCAGUGGAUGGGAUCAAGGAGUCCUCAGACAGUAGCAACACCACUAUCGAGGAUGAGGACGUGAGAGGGAAAAGCCUAGAUAGCAGCUCAGUUAAGACCCAGUCCAGCACCAGCUCUCAGCCAGAGGCCGUCCAAUCACCACAAGCCCCGCCCCCGGCCGUCUACUCCUCCAAGCUGACAGACCUCCUGGGCUGUGUGCGCAGGGGCUCAGGACCCGUUUCAGACAGUGAGGGGGGAGCAAGCAACCCCCCAGCCGCCUUGUCUUCCCCCUCUCCCCCCCAAACCCCUGUCGUUCCAAUGCAGAUGUCCCGCCUGACUGACAUUGUGAGCAGUGUUCGCCGGGGGUCCGGCCCCCAGCCCGACUCUGAGGCAGUGCCCGCCCCUGCCCGGCCGGCUGCCCCCCCACCCCACUCCUCCCCCCCUCCUUCACAGGCCCCCUCCAGCCCCUCUCUGUCCCUGCAGACACGCAAACAGGAGAUCAUCAAAAUCACAGAACAGCUGAUCGAAGCCGUCAACAAUGGGGACUUUGAAGCCUACGCGAAGAUCUGUGAUCCCGGUCUGACUUCCUUUGAACCAGAGGCCUUGGGCAACCUGGUGGAGGGGAUGGACUUCCACAGAUUCUACUUUGAGAAUUUGCUGUCCAAGAACAGCAAGCCCAUCCACACCACCAUCCUGAACCCCCACGUGCACCUGAUCGGGGAGGACGCCGCCUGCAUCGCCUACAUCCGCCUCACGCAGUUCGUGGACGGGCAGGGCCGACCACGCAGCAGCCAAUCGGAGGAGACCCGCGUGUGGCACCGCCGCGACUCCAAGUGGCAGAACGUCCACUUCCACUGCUCAGGCGCCCCGGCCGCGCCACUCCAGUGAGGGUACGGGCCACUGAGUCCACCAUACGGACUGAAACAGAGAAACCGCAGUGGACACUUCCGACAAGAGUGCCCAGCUGAAGAGAGGGAGGGAGGGGAGGAGAAGUCCAGGGUUGGAUAGCUUUGAGCCAGCAGCACCCGGCCCUCCCGCUCAGGGCACCUUUCCUCACCCGCAUGCACGUCUCUGUACCACUACCGCCACCUGUCAGGCUGCCCUCGCUACUGCAUUCAACAAAUCGAGUUUUCUCAACCCAGCCCCGCCCUCACCAGCUCUUACGCGUUGCCCUACCCCUGCGUCAGGACUCACAGCAGCAGUAGCAUCAGUGACUAGCAUCUUAUCAGGGGAAAAAGGUGUUAAUACUCCAGUAUUAAAUCCUCAAAAUGUUGGUUUCCUCUGCUGCUUUUUAUCUUGCCAUCCCCACUCCAGUCUCAGCUGGCUUUGUGUC